AUGUCCGGCGACACGGCGCCGCACGUCGUGGAGGACUUCUUCGGGGCCGUCCAGCUCCUCAGCGACGGCACCGUCGUGCGCGGCGACGAGGCGCUCCUGAUGCCGCCGGAGCCGUUCCCGGACGUUCCGGGGGUUCAAUGGAAGGACGCCGUGUACGACCCGGCGCGUGGCCUCAAGGUCCGCCUGUACAGGCCGGCGGCGGCGGCGACAGCGGCGGACGCCGGCGACGGAGGUAACAGAAAUAAGCUCCUGGUGCUGGUGCACUUCCACGGAGGCGGCUACUGCAUCGGGUCCUACGACCAGCUCGGAGGCGGUCACUACCUCCGGCGCCGCCUCGCGGCCGACCUCCCCGCGCUCGUUCUCUCCGUCCAGUACCGGCUCGCCCCCGAGCACCGUCUCCCGGCGGCGAUCGAGGACGGCGCGACGUUCCUGGCCUGGCUGCGCGGGCAGGCGUUGCUCGCCGCCGCCGCAGGAGGUGGCGGCGGCGGCGGCGCCGAGCCCUGGCUCGCGGAGUCGGCUGACUUCGCGCGGACGUUCCUGUCGGGCGUCUCGGCCGGCGCUAACCUGACCCACCACCUCGCGGUCCGGGCCGGUUCCGGGCAGAUCGACCUCGCCCCGGUGCGCCUCGCCGGGCACGUCCUGCUGUCCUUGUUCCUCGGCGGCGUCCAGCGCGCCGCGACGGAGUCGAACCCCCCGGACGGCGUCUCGCUGACGGUCGCCAUGUCGGAUCAGCUCUGGCGCAUGGCGCUGCCGGUCGGGGCAACCUUCGACCACCCGCUGGCCAACCCGUUCGGCCCCGACAGCCCCGGCCUGGAGCCCGUGGCGCUGCCGCCGGUGCUCGUCGAGGCGCCAGAGGUCGACGUGCUCCGCGACCGCGUGCUGCUCUACGCGGCGCGGCUGAAGCAGAUGGGGAAGGACGUGGAGCUCGCCGAGUUCCAGGGGGAACAGCACGGCUUCUCCGUUCGUCGGUGGGGCCAGGCGAACGAGGAGUUGGUCCGGAUCUUGAAACGAUUUGUACACCGGUGUUCCACUUGA